AUGAAAUUAAUUUACCUGACAUUGUUAGUUCUGCCUGCGGUUUUGCUCUGCUUGCAAAGCGCAAACACAAUCUUAGCUCGCGCAGAAGAAGAUGAACUUGAUGAUGUAGUGGACAUUGAAGGUGAAGAUAAUCAAGUUGUGGGUGAAGAUGCUCUUGAUGAGGAUGAAUCAGUUGUAAAAUCAUCACAAGAUGUUGACACUACCAUUCUGUUCACCAAACCUGUACCAAGUUAUGGUGAUGCCACAUUCGAUUUACAAGCUGGAUUUCCUGUUGAAUUCCUUGUUGGUUUCGUCAACAAAGGCUCAGAGGACUAUAUUGUAGAGACUAUGGAGGCUUCCUUCAGAUAUCCAAUGGACUAUACCUAUUAUAUUCAGAAUUUCACCGCAUUACCUUAUUAUAAGGAAGUCAAACCCAAAGAAGAGGCCACUUUCGCUUACUCUUUUAUUCCUAAUGAGGCAUUCGCUGGUCGGCCAUUUGGAUUGAACAUUCAACUCAAUUACAGAGAUUCCAGUGGAAACUUCUACCAAGAAGCUGUAUACAACCAAACACUCAACAUCGUAGAAAUAUCCGAAGGUUUAGAUGGAGAGACCUUCUUCCUGUACAUCUUCUUAGGUGCAGCAUGUGUACUAGCCCUAGUCUUGGGACAACAAGCAUUAUCAUCACUCGCACGUCGCCGGUCACCAAGAUCAGCUCCCAAACCUUUGGAAACUGGUACUGCUAACGAUGUAGACUAUGACUGGCUACCAAAAGAAGUCGUCAAUCAGCUGAAAAAAUCUCCCAAAACUCCUAAACAGUCGCCACGUUUGAGGAAGGCGAAAAGAUCAGCUGGUGAUGAU